AUGUAACUCAUUAGUCAUUAUUAAGAUGAUGUAGGUAUUAAGUUGAAUAAAAGAGAGCAAAAAAUGGCGCCGACAGUGGUUUGUGCUGAAUCACAAGCAUUGCACCAAGAUUUUUGCCCAACAAGUUUGGUUUUUGAGUUAGUUCCUGUUGUUUCUUACUCUCUAGGCAAUAAUGACAAUAAUGUUAUUUUUGACGAAAAUGACAAUAAUAACAUUGUUGAGGCGAAAAAGGAGCAAAGUGGCAAUGAGAAUGGAAGGAAAGAGAUUGCUCCUACAGGAAAGAACAUGCACACCCCUUGUUGCCUUGACAUCAAGGAACCCGAGGCUGACGAUGAGCUGACCGGAAAUACGGAGGCGUAUAUGAAGGUUGUUUUGGCAAGAUACACGCAGAGAUGGCUUGAGAGGACCAAACACCGUUUAGGAUAUCAAAUAAAUAUGGACUAUAAUUACGACGAUCUUGAUCGAUUACAACGAUUUUCAUUUAACAACUGUGGUGAUCCAUUUAUUGAGGGUAACUAUGGUGUGCACUCGAGGGACUUCAAAGUAGGUGUAUUAGAUUGGUUUGCUCGUCUUUGGGAGAUCAAUAAGGGUGAAUAUUGGGGAUAUGUUACGAGUGGUGGAACAGAAGGAAACCUUCAUGGCCUACUUGUAGGGAGAGAAAUGUUUCCUGAUGGAAUUUUGUAUGCUUCUAAAGAGUCACACUAUUCGGUCUUUAAAGCUGCGCGUAUGUAUAGAAUGAAUUGUGUUAAGGUUGAGACAAUAGUUUCCGGCGAAAUUGAUUGUGUCGAUUUAAAGGCAAGUCUUCUCAAGAACAAAGAUAAACCUGCCAUCAUGAAUAUAACCAUAGGCACUACGGUAAAAGGUGCUAUUGAUGAUCUCGAUCUAGUGAUACAAACUCUUGAAGAGUGUGGCUUCCCUCGUAAUCGGUUCUAUAUCCAUUGCGACGGAGCCUUGGUUGGUCUCAUGCUGCCAUUUCUAUAUCGAGCGCCUCAAAUCACAUUCAAGAAGCCAAUUGAUAGUAUAAGUGUUUCCGGCCACAAAUUCGUCGGAUGCCCGAUGCCUUGUGGUGUUCAAAUGGUAAGGAGGGAACACAUUAACUAUUUAUCUAGGAAUGUAAAGUAUGUAGCAUCAAGGGAUGUUACAAUCAUGGGAAGUAGGAACGGUCACGCCCCCAUCUUCCUAUGGUGUGCAUUGAGCCGCAUAGGAUACAAUGGAUUCAAGAAAGACGUACAAAAAUGCCUACACAAUGCACGUUACCUUAAAGACCGGCUUAAAGAGGCCGGGGUUAGUGUCAUGCUCAAUAGGCUAAGCAACACCGUGGUGUUCGAAAGACCUCAAGAUGAGGAUAUCAUUCAAUAUUGGCAGCUCUCUUGUCAAGGGAAUAUAGCUCAUGUGGUCGUGAUGCCUAAUGUUACAAUCAAGAAGUUGGAUACGUUCAUAGGUGAGCUAGUUGAGAAGCGUUCGAAUUGGUUAAAAGACGGUGAAAAUCAACCUCCUUGUGUUGCUUCUGAUAUUGGCAAAGAGAAUUGUGUUUGCCCUUUGCAUAAGUGAGAAUCUGCUUGCUAAUUUGAUUGUUUUGUAUUAAGAUGUACUCCAUUAUUUAUUUAUUUUAUUUUCAUUAUUUUCGAAUUUGUUUAAAAUAAUUGUACAAUAUGUAGAAUAUUGAGGUCAAAGAUCAUGAAGAUAUAUAUGAUUCGUGAUAUAUGUAAGGAUUAUUCGUCCAAUA